CGGAGGAAAGUCCCUUCUUCCCAUGAGCAGCGCCUGCUCCCGGCGCGGGGCGCUCGCCAUGGACACUGUGAAAACCACCUACAUCGUGCUGGAGCUCAUCAUCGCCGUGCUCUCCAUCGCGGGCAACGUGCUGGUCUGCUGGGCCGUGGCCAUCAACAGCACCUUGAAGAACGCCACCAACUAUUUCCUGGUGUCGCUGGCCGUGGCCGAUAUCGCCGUGGGGUUGUUGGCCAUCCCCUUCGCCAUCAUCAUCAGCAUCGGCUUCCAGGUGGAUUUUCACAGCUGCCUCUUCUUCGCCUGCUUCGUGCUGGUGCUGACCCAGAGCUCCAUUUUCAGCCUGCUGGCGGUGGCCAUCGACAGGUACCUGGCUAUCAAGAUCCCCCUGAGGUACAACAGCCUGGUGACCGGCAAGCGGGCGAGGGGACUCAUCGCAGUGCUGUGGCUGCUGUCCUUUGGGAUUGGACUGACCCCUCUGAUGGGCUGGCACAAAGCCAUGAGCAGCUGUUCCAACGCCACCAACGAGACAGGGACGGAGCCCCGGGGCUGCUUCAUCUCGUGCCUCUUUGAGAACGUGGUGACCAUGAGCUACAUGGUCUACUUCAACUUCUUCGGCUGCGUGCUGCUCCCGCUCGUCAUCAUGCUGGGGAUCUACAUCAAGAUAUUCAUGGUGGCCUGCAAGCAGCUGCACCAGAUCGAGCUGAUGGGCAACUCCAGGACCACCCUGCAGAAGGAGGUGCACGCAGCCAAGUCUCUGGCCAUCAUCGUGGGCCUUUUUGCCUUCUGCUGGCUGCCCCUGCACAUCCUGAACUGCAUCACGCACUUCCACGAGGGCUUCUCGCGCUCCAAGCCCGAGUGGGUGAUGUACGUGGCCAUCAUCCUGUCCCACGCCAACUCCGUCAUCAACCCCAUCAUCUACGCCUACAGGAUCCGGGAAUUCCGCUGCACCUUCCGCAAGAUCCUCUCCAAGAUCCUCUGCAAGGCCCAGGAGCUCCCCAAGUGUCCCUCGGAGCACAACCAGCACCUGACUGCCAUCAACAUCAGCUCUCCUGCAGCCUCAGUGACCGUGUGAGCCCGGCCCUGCUGCCCUGGCACUGCCCUGGCACUGCCCUGGCACUGCCCUGCCCUGCCAGAGGGCUCAGACAUGACCACGAUGGACUCGUGCAGCUCUGGGUUUAUUUUGAUUUUUAUUUUUGUAAUUAACGUCGUGCCUGGCGGAGGAGUGACCUGAGCGGGGACACUGAGUGCAGCUCGCCCUCCUCUGUAGCCCCUGGGCUGUGAUCCCGUUGUGUUUCCCUUCCAGGUGUUCCCUUUCCACGUUGGACACUGACUGGGGAAGACUCACCUGCUGGGGGGGUGUUUCCCCAAUUGUGCUGCUCAUGUCAAGUCAUAGGAUCUUUAUUUUAAUUAUUAUUAUUUUUUAAUAUUUGGAUUCAUUUAGGAGUAAUAAUUUUGUGUCUGUUUUUUGAGUUGUUCUCCAAGUUCAUACUUGACAGCACUUUGGUAAUACCCUAAUUAUUCCAUCAAUUGUUUGAUGCAGCUUGUAUUCUCUGAUGGGAAAAAGUCUUACUUAGCCCAGUU